AUGGUCCCCACGAAGUCUCGUCUCAGCGACAGCUGGCGGCGCCGCUUUGUCGCUCUGGGUAUCAAGGUGGUGGAGGUUCCCUUGGUGCCACCAAGCACCUCCUUGCUCAAAGCGAUGGUCUCUGAGCGCCGGGAUCUGGAGAAGCAGGGCCUCUUGGAGGUGCUGCAGCCUCUCUCCUACGGCGGGGCGUUCGCCAAGGUGCACGCCUGGGACCAGCUGGGAUACGAGAAAGUACUCCUGCUGGACGGCGACGUGCUAGUCAAAGGAGAUCUAAGUGGCCUCCUGAAGCAGAGACCUGUCAGCGCCUCGAAGGACUUGGCAGAUGCCUUUAACUAUGGCGUCGUUGUGCUUGCGCCUGAUGCAGCAAUCCACGGUGACUUGGUCAAUUUGCUGACGAAUGCCACCGAAGAGGACCUGCGUCGAUACAACAGGAGGAAAGCCAAUGCGGUCGGGCUGUGUGACCAGACGUUGGUGGCUGGGCGCCUGGCCGAGUCUCAGAAGAUCAAUUUCUUGGAGGACAUGCGAAAGUCAUCGCGCCAGAACCCUGCCAAGUGGCUGAUGUCUACCGAGUACAACCUCGUCGUCUCGUACCGGGCCAAAGAGCGUUGCGACCUGCCCGGUGAGCGGAAGAGGGUUGACAAGGCCCGCAUCAUUCACUUUGCCAACAACUGGCUGAAUUUUGAGACCCUGGCAAAGGACCGGGACUCGCCUGGGCGGAUCGAUUCGCCUCGUUGCUACAAGGCUGCCUUCCGCUACUGGCACGACGUGUACCACCACGCUCUGAACCUGACAGACAGGAGAGGUGCAACUGCCGAGCCGGCAUAUGCACCCCUGGAUUUCGAAGCAGACGAUGGACUGGCGACUCCAGAAGAAGUCCAGGCCGUUUUCCUUGACUUCCAAUCCCGGAGCAAGAGCUUUGACAAAGGAGUCCCCGAGCAGGAGCUCUAG